UAAUUGUAAAUAAUAUAUAUCGAGAUAGACCAAUGUUUCCGAAAAUUUUACUCAAUUUUACCGAAAGAAUCGGAAAGUUGGACAUUUGGACAAACGCAAGCAACACAACAUAAAAGUUUACUGCUGGCUGUCACAAAAAAAAAAACUUGAGUAAUGUAAUUUCGUUGUGAAUUAAUUCUUUCUUUCGCUUUUGUAUAUUCUUCAAAACGUUGUCGCUUUAGAAGUGAAAUUGUAAAGCUCGCAUAAAUUGUGUUUCCAACAGGCAUAUAUACUAGAGGAAGUUGUUAAAGACCAAAAUGGCUAUGCUAUGUUGUCCAAUCUGUAAGCGGUGAAACCAGUAGCGGGGCUUCGAUCUCACGAAGGAGAAUCCUCCCUGAAGAAUGUGAUAAUAUUAUUACUCGUUAUAGACGCGAAGAAUAUACAACAUUGUACAAUGUGGUGGUAGUUAAAUCUGUGGGUAAAGCAAGUGGUGGAGAUGUCAGCAGUGCACUGUGUGGUGGUAUGGGAGGCGUGGCGCGGCACUGGCUGGAUCCCGCACGCGCCAGGAGUGGCGCGCACGCUGGAGCGUGCACAUGCCAAGAAACUGACCAGAGUUGUGCUGGCUGAUGCUGACCCGGCUCUGCGCGGACACUAUGUCAAUCUACGCACUCUUACACAGUACGCUGAUACUCCAGAUGGUGGUACAGAAGAGUGCCCAGUGCGUCGCGCGUGCUACUCUGUACAGUCGCCGGCCGGCCGCGGCGUCAGGUGGGAGUGGGCGCGAUUGUCGCCACAUCACCAGCUAGAGCUCGAAUAUGACCCCUUGCCCAUGGAGGUUCAGUGCCUGCUAGAAGAGACGUGGCAGCGCGGCGGCGACUCGGCGUCAUGGGACGGGUGGACGCUGGCGGUGCGGCGCGGCGUGGCGAGGCGCGGCGCGGCGGCGCGGGCCGUGCGGCGCGCGCCGCAGCCGCCCUACCCGCUGGCGCGCCCGCCCGCCGCCGCCCCGCCCGCGCCGCCCACGCCGCCCGCGCGCACGCCUCAGGAAGGCCGCAGACCCCGCAUACCACAGCAGCACACUGGCUCCAGCGUGCACAGUGUGCAGUCAGUGCAGUCGGUGCAGUCGGCACAGUCGGCGCAGUCCGUGCAAUCCGUGCAGUCGGCGCCCGCCCGCGCCGGCGCACGGAGCGCGUCGCCGCGGGAACGCAAGCCGGGGCUCGCGCGACAAAUACUGCACAAUCUUAAUAUAUUCAGCAACAAGACGGGCGCAGAGAAACUCCGCGAUGACAGCGGCGACUCCGCGGCGGGCCCCGACGCCGAGCCCAGCACCGACGGCGGCAGCACGCGCUCCACGCGCCGCCACAGCGUCGACACCGUCUCCACCUACCUCAGCCACGAGAGCAAGGAUAGUCUGCAGCAAGCGUCAGUGGGUUCGCUGCUCAACUGCAGCGCGGGCAGCGACGACGUGUUCGAGGCCGCCCCGCCGCCGCCGCCGCUCGAGCCGCCAGCCCCCGCCGACUCCGACAACGACCUCGUGGAAGCAGAGGGCGGCGGCGCGGUGGUGGCGUGGGUGCGCAGCGUGCAGGUGGCGCAGUGGGGCGCCGUGUGCCCCAUGGCGGGCUGCCUGCGGCCGCUGGACGCGGCGCGGGCGCCCGUGGUGGCGCUGGCCCGCUGCCAGCACCUGCUGCACCUGCACUGCCUCAACGAGCAGCUGGAGCGCCUGCAGCGCGCCGGCCGCCCGCUGCACGUCGAGUGCCGGGUGUGCGGCAGCGUGUACGGGCGCGAGCCGCCGGCGCCGGCGCCGGGCGACCAGCCCCCCGGCAGCAUGGCGUGGCGCCUGGAGCCCACGCCGCUGCCGCAGCACGACGUGCCCACUAUCCUCGUCACCUACAACUUCCAGUCCGGGCGCCAAGGCCCGUCGCACCCGGUGCCGGGCGCGCCGUACUACGCGGUAGGGUUCCCGCGCUACACGCUCUUGCCUGACAAUGCACUUGGAAGGCAGGUGCUGAGCGCCCUCCGCGCGGCGUGGAGCAGCGCGCGGCUGUUCUGCGUGUGCGCGUCGCAGACCACGGGCCGCGAGCACGUGGUGGCGUGGCGCGCGCCGCCGCCGCCGCACCGCGCGCACCACUACGCCGCGCCCGCCUGCGCCGAGCGCCUGCUGCGGGCCGCGCUGGCGCGCCUCGCGGCGCUGCUGCCCCCCUAGCCCCCCCGCACCACUACGCCGCGCUCGCCUGCGCCGAGCGCCUGCUGCGGGCCGCGCUGGCGCGCCUCGCGGCGCUGCUGCCCCCCUAGCCCCCCCGCACCACUACGCCGCGCCCCGCGUCUGCCACGGACAGGACGCACCGUGCUGCUAUAUACAAAACGAGUAAGAAGUAUGUACGUCGCACUGCUGGGCAAAGCCCUCGAAGUACCUAAUAUCGGCUAAUCAGUAACUAACAAGUGACUCAACCAGACUUGCUAUAUAAUCCUCCCCCCUAUCACCCUAUGGAACGAAGCGACCUGCCCCUCCGUUGAAGAAAUUGACUGAUUAUAAGGAUUGAAACCACCACCGAAACCAUUGAUGUAUAUUACCUUCAAAAGAAAUAUUGAUGACGUCAGUAUAUCCACCGUUACGACGUAGACGUUAUGAUCGUAGCCGGUGGCUACGAAUCGGAAGCGCCGGGGUGAAUGAACUCUCCGAUCUCCGCGUAGCGUUGGGUCGACGUGACGUCAUAACUAAGGUCCCUUAUUUACUUUACAGUUAGAUAAAAACAUAAGUGUUGCCAGCUAUUCUUUGAGAACUAAUUUUACGAUGAACUCGAAUACAUUCCGGAGACUGACGUUAGGACUAGAUCUGCAUUUAUUAAGAUUUUUACGAAUAAUGACUCAUGUGAGUAAAAAAAUAUAUGCUCACGGCUAUAUUCCUAAAUGUUGGCCGAACCGAACUGCCAAUAAAUAAGCAUUCAAUAUCGCGCCAGGAAAUUAUUUUUUACUAGUAAUUUAAUAGACAAUGAUGCUAAUUCCUGUAGAUACUAUCUAAGUUUAGGUUAUAUCUGUCAUUUUCAUAUCCCCUAAAAAAGGAAAGGGACGGGUAAUCGACAGGCAUAAAAUUUAUAGAACACACGUCAGUUUUAUUCACAAAAACCAACCCUCUAAAAAUUGUACAUUGGCCAAUUACCCGGCAAAAUUAAGAUUACAGCGCACGUUCAUCGGUUUGCAUACUAUUUUAUUCGUCCGGGUUAAUCAUUCAUUCGCUCAUUCUUUUUAUAAUUAACAGCUGUCAAUCAUCCGUCCCUUUCCUUUUCGGCGGAUAAGAAAAUGACAGGUAUAACUUAAAAUAAAAUUAGAUGCUGUGUUCUGGAAUUUGCACCAAUAUAAGUAGCCAAGUUUAAAAGGCAUGCUAUGAUGGCUGUUUCGACGUUUGUCCCGUUCAUCAAGUUUCGUAUUAUUAACUGCUUUAAAGGAGUAAAUGGCUGUACUUUAUUGUGGUCAUCAAGUAAUAAUUAUAUUGACGGCCAUCAUUGCGUGCUGAUAGUUUUAACUACGUAGAAGAGACGGCAACAUUUUAAUAAAGCGUUAACAUCCUCGCAAAAUAUUCCAUAGUUAGAAUAGUCUUGUCAUCAUGACUUGGCGGUACCGAUACCUGACUUCUCAUUUAUCUCAGGUCAAUGACAACUCCUUUAAUAACCCGUGUGUAUUUAGUUAGACAACCAUAGACAAACAAUAUGAUAAUUAAUACACAAAACAUACACGAAUACGUAACACAGACAUUUAAAUAAAUAUAUGUGUGGUAUAUUGUUCGAUUAGAAGAAUUUACCUAGUGUCAUGCAUUUAUACAAUUUAUUGAUAACUGCACAAUGGGUGGUGAAGUAUACUAAGGAUGAUUUGAGGUCAGACAGAGCAUAGACUAUUAGACACGCGUAUUUAUCCACUGACUUGCCACUAGACACCUUAAAAGAAUUUGAUCUGACUAUAAUACUUCUGUCAAUUAGUAUAAAACAAACCUAUGGAACUAAAUUAUAUGUGUUAUGUUUAUUCACGGUUUACUCAAACUGUAUAUCUCGAAUUUUACAUACGAUCUUUAUAUUGAAAAUAAUCACGUUUUAAGGCCAGUAACACAUGAAAAUGGUCUGAUAACUUUUAGUAAUUAAUUCCGUUAAAGGCCAGUUAGAUAGCAAUCUAAAGUCCUCAUGUUUGUGCUAAAAUUAUGCUUAUUGAAAGCAUUUUUAUUAUUAGUUAUGUUAAUAAUAAUAGUAUGUUAAAAACGGAAUAUUUACCUCUUUAUUUACUUUAUGGCUCUCUGGAGCUUCGUCUUCCAUUCCAAUAAGACAUGACAAGGCAAUAUAUAAGGAAACAUAGUCUUCCUAAUAGAUAAUUUCUUUAGCAAUUACUUAUAUACACCACUGUAUACUGUUAAUCACAUUUAGUUGUGGCAGCUACCAUGUGUUCAAGACACUGAUGCCAGUGUGCAUGAUUUGAAGUUUUACUCUCACAAUUAUGAAUAAGAGCACAAGUGAACUCUUUGGAACAAUAGUCGCAAAUUCGAAAAACAAAUAUUUAAAUAGUAUUUUAAAAAAAAAGUUGUAGAUGCUAUAGCAUAAAGUGCAUUUAUUUUAGAAAAAUAUUUAAAAGUUAUUAUUAUAUUCUAUUUUGUAUUAUCUUAGAACAAAUAAAUAUGUUGUUAAUGUUACUUGUAAUCAGUUCAAAAUUAUUAUAAUUUUAGUAAAAAAUACUAAGUAUUGUACUAAAGACACACAAUGGACCAAGAGUAUUUAUACUUUAGUUGUUAAUUUGUUAAUUAUACGUGUUAGCAUAUGGAAUUCUUGCCAAUAAGUGCCUUUAUUAAAGUUUUAAAUUAUGCAUAGCGUAGUGUAAAUAAGUAUGAGUAAGUAAGAAAGUACCUCUCUUAUAGACGUGUCUUCCCGAUGUAAAACGAACUUCCAUUUAUAAGCUUUAUUAAACUUAGUUAAGUAUAAUGUAGCUAUUAUUUUUAAAGCAAUAAAGUUAUUAUAUAUUAUAAAAA